AUGUAUCAACAUCCAUCAUCAUCUGGUUCUAAGUCCUCCCAACAUGCAAAGACUCCAUCCAUGGAGUUUGUUGAUGAAGACGUGAUGGACGUCACUCCUCUGUGCAUGAUAUUUGGCGACACCACAGGUCCCUCCUCCAAUGCUGGAGAUAAGCAAGGUAAUACCUCUGGUAACUCCUCUCUUCCAAAAGAAAUGUAUUAUGCUGAUCGUGCUAUAAGAAAACUAGUCACGAGGAUUCUGAGUGAUGGGCAUAAAGUUGAAGGGGUUUCUACCCCUCUGUCCAGAAAGGAACCCUCUCCUGAGGGAGAACCUCAUGCUGAUAAAGAUGAUGACUCAUCUAGAUCAGAAAAGGAGGUUGCUGCUGAAGGGCUUUGCUCUCUAGGUAAAACCCUACCUAGCCAGAAACCAAAUGUGCCUCAAGAAAACAUUAUUGACCUAGAGGAAGAAAGCUCUGAAGGAGAGGAUGAUCCUUUGGUUCAUCUGGUAAAACCUAGUGUAGCUGAGAAACUGAGAACUAGGAAAGGGAAAAGUGUGGCUAAAAUGAGAGCUGCUAGAGUGAAAAAGGCUGCAGGGAUAGGACCCUCAAAACCCUGGAGCAAGGUUGAGGCUGUUCAGAAAUCUCUUGGCAAGGCUGCUGCUGUACAUCUAGACAAUAUCUCCUUUCACUUGGAAGAUGGAGCAACAAAGUGGAAAUAUGUCAUUCAGAGAAGAGUGGCCAUUGAAAGAGAGCUUGGACAAGAAGCUGUAGAGGUAAAGGAGGUAAUUGAGCUGAUCAAAAAUGCUGGACUCAUGAAGACUGUGGUGACUCUACCCCAAUGCUAUGAGGGAAGGGAGUCUACAGCUAAAGGAAGCUUGAUUGACCAACUAAAAGGGACUUGCAAGGAAUUGGACAAUGUUAUAAGGGUGGCCAAGGCUAGAAAAAAGGCUUUAGAAGUUCUUAUCUAUAGCCUGGAGAAGGAAGAAGUAGAAAAGGCUGGGAAGGACUCAAAUACAAGAUCAAAAUCCCAUGCCAAUGGAAGUUCUGGAAGCUCAGAUGAUUCUGAAGGUGCAGGUGAAGACACAAGUGAAGGUGAAGAUGAUUCUUCUUCUUCAGAUUAA